AGUGGGGGCGGUAGGGAGGAAACACGAGGGGUUUCUUAGGUUGAGCGGAAGAGGAAGAAACCCGUGAGCCAAGCUAAUCAAAGAUUGAAUUCAAUGAUAAGGAAAUAGUCCGCCUAACCACCCGACGGCAUUCGAUACAUUAGACGUAUAUUGUCACGAAGAUGCCACAGCUCUUCAUAGACAACACACGGAACCAACUCACUCCCCAAGACGAGUUUCCGUUUGACCAGUUCGACCCUUGUUCGUUGAAACAGUUUGGCUAGCGAGGGUCUAAUCGGUAUUUAGCCGUAUUGCGCAUGCGCACGGAGUCACAGUAUGUGUCAGCUACUCCUCUACCGGUAACAGUUUGUAUCUUGUCUGUCAUCUGGCCGACGUGGGUGUUUAAACCCGACGUCUAGUUUAGUCAGGACUCGUCUUAGCAAACACGGAAGUGAGCGCGAGGGUGUUUUUCGCUUCAGCGCCGUCUUUUUUUCUGAUGAACCCAUAGCAGCAGUGUCGUGAACAUCAGAGGUCCCCUUCUUUGUGGCGUGAGAUUAGAUGUUAUAAUGCCUUUCACGCAAAGAUCAAGGGUGACACAUGCGAAGAGUGACAAGUGAAGGAACUCUGAUCCACCAUGGGAAACACACCAUCAAAGAGUGGCAGCGGAGAGGAACCGGUCAAAACAACUUUGUUUGAAAAGGAGCCAAGUGGGAUAACAUACAGAAUCCCUGCUCUCCUUUAUCUGAGGCACAGUCACACCUUCCUCGCCUUUGCAGAGAAAAGAUCCUCUCCCUCUGAUUAUAAUGCCAAAAUCCUUGUUAUGAGAAGCGGAACGUUGAAAGAUGAUGGAUCUGUUCAGUGGUCGUCCAGUCAGGAGCUGUCAACAGCAUGUCUGCCAAACCACCGCACGAUGAAUCCUUGCCCUGUGUAUGAAAAAAACAGCAAAACACUGUUUUUAUUUUUCAUCUGUAUCUUGGGGAACACCACAGAGCACAGGCAGAUCAUCACAGGUAAGAACAAGACGCGUCUUUGCUGUGUCAGCAGCAGCGACGACGGGCAAACCUGGAGUCAAGUGAGGGACUUGACGGAAAGUGUGAUUGGUGAAACUAUCCAGAAGUGGGCCACGUUCGCUGUGGGUCCGGGCCACGGGGUGCAGCUGGAGAACGGCAGAUUAAUCAUCCCAACGUACGCCUAUUAUGUCCCUUAUAGAUGCUGUUCCUUCCCCAUUCCUUUUACAGUCUACCCACGUGCACUGUCGGUAUAUAGCGAGGACUUUGGCCAGACGUGGCAUAUAGGUAAGAUGCUUCGGAAAAAAUCCUGUGAAUGUGAAAUGGCGGAGAUCAUAGACCACGAGGGCAGGAGUCAUCUUUACUGCAAUGCUCGUAACAUUGGAGGCCACAGGUGUGAGGCCCUGAGUGAAAACAGCGGUGUGCAUUUUGACAAACCUCACAUUGCCCCGGAGCUCGUCGAACCACCCUCAGGCUGUCAAGGCAGCGUCAUCGGCUUUCCGGCUCCCGAAUUUGUCCCCAAUGAUGACGCUGAAAGCAAAGCUUGCGGCACGUCGCUCUUGUCUCCAGACACACAGACCUGGCUCCUCUUCAUCCACCCGACUAACAAGUCUAGUAGAAGGGACAUGGGCGUGUAUUUGAACCGGUCCCCCCUGCACUCGUCGGGGUGGGACCGGCCCAGGAUCAUCCACAGCGGGCCCAGCGGCUACUCAGACCUGGCUUACAACGGAGACAAGGAUCAGUUUUCAUGCCUGAUGGAGUGCGGGAAAGAAAGUGAACUUGAGCAGAUUGCGUUCAUGUCGUUUACCCUGAAUGAUGUCAUGCAGACGGGUAGUAAGAAAGACAAGAAGAUGCAUUGAGUUGCGGUUUCUUUAUUUCUGUAUUAACAAAGCUCUCUAACAUUCUCCUGCAACCUAAAAAAAAAAGCAACGCAAAAGCACUAAAUAUGCUGUGCAGUAACAUCUGUCUGUGUUUACUGUUGUUCUACCGUGUGGAGAUGAUACUGCAUGCAUGAGUCGUGUGUUUUGUUGUCUCCUUGUUUACAUGAAAAAGUAAUUCAGUAUAGUAUUAAUAUGCAAGCUGUAAGGAAGGAAAUUAGUAUAGGUUGGAUGGCAGAUUUUAAAGCAUGCUGUGCCGGACUAUCAUCUUUUAAAGAGGCUUUGUGUGUAGCAUGUUUGACAAGUACUUCAUGCCUAUCUCUGCAUCUUAUUAAACUGUCAGUAUAUUCUGA